CCGCUGUUCCGAAUGGUAUUAAGCAGCAACGGCAAAGGUGACGGAAUGUCACCGAGCUCGUCCGGCGCCACGAAGCCCACAAACCCACAACGCCCACAAACACUGCACCGAUGAUACAAUUGAAACGCCUCUCCAACUAUGGGUGGCAGAUUUUGGUAACCCACUGCCCUCACAAGGCUGCCAACCCACGAGCCGGCCCUGUCAACUACGACCAGCUUGUAUACGCAUGCCCAGCAUAUAUACAACCCAUCCCAGCCAUCACGUUGAUAUUCCUUCAGUCUUUGGCUUUGCUUGCAACAUGCUUUGGCGACAUAUCAUCGCCGCUGCCGUCCAGAAUUGCGUACACGCAAUUAUACUUUCGGGAGAGCCCUUCGCCUUCGAGUCAGGCCACGACAAAUGCACGACGAAUACAACACAAAAGCCGUGGAAGCGUCAGCUCAGUCGUGCAUUAUCCGCAAUUGAAGCAUCUAUUGUUUUUAUUUAUUGGUCUCAAAGCGGCAUGCCAUCAACUCCAGCUCAUAAUGCAUGCUCCAGACCCAUACUCGUUACAUGAUGACAAUCCUGAACGCCGCCGCCCCUGGAUCCUUUGCCGACCAGCCUGCCUAUCAGACGCCUGACCAGGCAACGCCUCCGAACACCGUCCGAAACCCUCCGAAACCAUGGGUAUAUACGAACACUGCAACUAAAUAUACACCUCUUACCAACG